AUGCCAACUCCUGCAGAAACUCCUCCCUUGGAUCCAUCUUUCAGUCGAGAUAUCCAUAUUCAUACCGAUUCUUCAAGUAUAGAUUCCGAGUCCUCCCACAUUAAUAGGAUACAAAAUACUCCUACACAUGCCCCCCUCACGAUACUCUCUUCCAGCGCAAUGAAUAUGCCUCACCUAGCCAUGGAUUCCUCUUUGCUCAAAUCUUCGACAGGUACGAUUAGAUCUGUACCCUCCGAUGACUCUCGAUCCGGUACAACUUCGCAGGACGAUAGCCCGACCGCGCAGCCUCAAUCACAAAGCGACUCCACCAUAUCUACCACUCCGAGCAAGAACAGUUACAAUUAUACGAAUGGAUCGAGACCCCCUCUUAGUCGACCGUCAGGAAUGGGCAUGCCUAGAGGAGUGGUCAGAAGCAUAUCGACCGAAUUCGGCCCUACCAAAUACUCAAGCAGCAAUUUACAUGUUGUCGAAGAUAUGCCCGCAAAUGAUAGUGAAGAUUUCAAUUCUGCCAUUGGAAAGGCAAACUUGGGAAAAUCGGGAAGAGUUAUAGAGCGACUUACCAAGGAGAAUGACAUGUUGAAGCGUGAUGUGAAGAUCGAGAGACUGAGAGCGGAAGAGGCUCUUGAUCAAGCAAGAUUAGCUGAGAGCAGGUACGCCCAAGAGAAUGAGGAAUGGGAGCGAAAGUUGCGUGAUGCCGCCAUGAAUUCGACUGUCCUCAAGAGAAGGGAGCGACAACUUGCGGAUGCAAAAGAAAAAGCUGACGCGGAACGGCACAAGGCAGAGAAAGCCACUGAGAGCGAGCUGUUUUGGAAGACUGAAAUGGAGAAACUGGAGAAGGAAUGCACAGCGAAGGUCGAAGAAGCCCUAAGCCGGGCAGAGUUGUACGAAGGAAGAAAUAACAUCAUGACCAAUCAUUGGAAGGACCAAGAGAAGCAGGCUAACCAAAAAGUAGCGAAGCUGCAGAAGGAAAUCACAAUUAUUGUCAAAGAAAGGAGUGCCGAUGAUGAGAAAAUCAACAUGCUAAAACGCCUCGCGGAGCAGCAAGCCGAUCAACUCAAAACAUUGCAAGAAGAAAAAGAUGCUGUUGAUCUGAAGUAUGAGGAUUACAAGACAGAAAAGGAAGAAUCUCUGGUGGCUAUCAAGGAGAAUGCUAAGAAACAGGAGAAAGCUAGCGAGGAAAUCUUGGCAGAGGCACAGAAAGUACUUGGUGAGCUGAAGUGGGCUCUUAAUGUCAAGAACGACACCAAAGACUGCAUUGCAUUGGAGAAACAGGAUACCAUUGUACUUUCUGCGCUUUUGUACACUAGACACUAUGGUUUUGGUCUCUCGGUCUCGGAUAUUCCCUCCUCUCUUUUCUCUUUUGACAAUAUUGCUGGGACUGCGGUAUUACCAGACGAGGACAAAUUGAAGCCUGCAGCUGAAAUCGUCUCGAAGAUGAGCGUUAAUAACCAGAGGAGCGGUGGGCACAGCUCAUCCGCUACCGAUCUCUUCUCCGAUUCAGAAAAUACUUGGGAUUUGGGAACUCUUGCGAGAUGUGGGAUCUCAACAGCUAUAAUUGGCUCCGAAUGGCAUUUCAAACCAGCAGGAGUUAUGGAAGUUGAAAAACGGUUCGCGGAGAAACGAGAUCGAAUGCGUGCUGAAGGUUAUAUUCAAUGGCGUGACCAUGAUCACAAUUUCCAGCUCUCCUCGGAAAGACAUCUCGUACCUCUUUUAGAAGAGUUGAAUCGAAUUACCAAAGCAAUCGUUGUAGAAGAGGGUGGUGAUAGGGAACCAGAUUCUGAGGAUGAUGACGACGAAGGAGACACAUACAGUGACUUAUCAACUGAGUUUCAAAGCAAUGUAAUCGAGAAAGUGGCUCUUUACGAACCAUUGCAGCAUACACGCUUACCCAACCCAAAUACAGAUGGUGUAUUUUACCCAGAUAUCAUCAAGAAAUAUGAUUACCGCGGUAUUUGGUUCUAUUCUGAUGGUAGCUCGAUGGACAAAAUCUUAAAACUAGCCAUUGUUUGGGAACUAGAGGCCAUGACGGACAGCAAGAUUGUCAAGUCACCCAGCGAGUCGAAGGUCUAUAUCGGAUCAGACCAGAAAGGUAGUGUCGAUUUGGUGAUUGCUAAGCUUGAGAAUAUCGCGAAGUACAGUUUAACAAAUACCUCGUUCCAUCACAUUUUCUAUGCAGAGGAGAUAGAUUCGUGCAAAUUUGUCAUCAAAGCAUUUCCUGAGAUCAAGAAGAAAUUUCUUGAAACUACUCUUCUAGAGAUGAUGCCUUCUGCUGAAUAUCUUUCUGAAAGACUCACCGUCAGAGCUUGUCCAUGGAACACAGUGAAAGUAUCUUAUCUUCCAGUGAAGAUAGGUAAAUAUACUGCCGCCGUGCAAAGUCCAGGGACGCAAGUCGCUGCAACAAAGUCAUGGGCAGGCUUUGUUUGGAAAGCACGAGGAACUCCGGCAGAUGAUCCUGUGAAUUACUUUCCUAAUGGUUAUGCAAAAGAAAUUGAGAGGCAAGAAAAUGGAGAGGGGAAUCCAAAGGGUGAAGAUGUCAGUUCGACGCAUGUCGACAUUGAGGGCUGGGUAGCAAAUGCUUCAACUACAGCCGAUCCCUCGCAAAGAUCAAACAUCGAAGAAUGGAGGGGCACUAUCGGCAUGCCUCUCAACUCCUUAGCUCGCUUGGCCAUGGCCUCGGGACUGGAGACAAAUAUGCCGAACGGUAAGACGAAUACUGAAGGAUGGAAGGGUGUCAUCCAUCAAGAACCGGCGACCAACCUCGAAAUGCUUCUCUCUCCUGUAGAACGUUUAAGCAUGCUCGCUGAGUCAGCGACGAACAUAUUGGAGGGGGAUUUAUCGCCAUAUGGUAGCACAGGCGGGAACAGCUUUCUGCAAUCGAGUCUUCUUGAUUCUGCACUUGACGCAGAACUAAAAAAUUCUGACUGGAAUGCCCUCAGAAAUAACGCUUCCGAAAAUGCGCUCAUUGAUGUUAGUUCAAGUCCGACAAGAUCGCCUAACCUGAAAAUAUUUGACAUGUCAAACAGCUCUAAUGCUUGGGGGGCUCACCAAUUUACGGCCUUAGAACCACCGGCAUUAUCUUCCUCUUUGAGAAUGCUUGAACGGCCAAAGCUUCCGUCUGAGGAGCUCGAUGACUUGAUGACUGCGACAUCUGCUUCGAUGGGUGGUCCAACAUCAAAUCCAGGCAACGAGUUAUUAGAUUUAACGGCAUUUCCUGAACUGCCAGGAGUAUCUGGUAGUUCAAACCCCUAUUUGAUGUCUGUGGGAUGGCCAAGAUUGUCUCCUGCGCCAAGCGUAGAAUUUUCAGGGUCAAACCCCAUAAAGGAAAAUAGAUCACAGCAGCCUCGUCGUAAACUUGAGGAUGAGAUGAGUACUCGAGUCUUUCACAAAACCAUGGGUCAAAAGGCAUCGUCUAACAAACAAGCUGCACCAAAGCGGAACAGUGUGCCAGAGCCACAAGAAUCCUUCCUGAGAGACGUCGCAGGAAUGUUUGGUGGUUUGAUGGCACCAGUGAGAGGCUUUCACGGCAAAGUUAAGGUACAUUUAAACUUUGACCAUUUGACGAGGAGUAUAUCACCAGGCAUCUGUGCCCACCGCCCGAGAUCGAAAUCAGACCAGGAGAUGGACCUGAGCUUUUUUUUUACUGAGAUCGUGACAAAAUUAGAAGCCGACGCAAUAUUUCUGUCCAAUCUUGAGAACAAAGAAGGCUCCCGUCUUUGGUCCGAGAAGAGUACCGAGUGGAAAGUUACAUAUGAGUUCAUGUGCGAAGAACUACCUACUAAAAAAAUAUUUACCAUUGAGAUCGAUGCAGAGACCUUCGAAACUCAUAUUGUGGUUUUGAGAAAGUUUGGCGAAAUUGAAGUGCAUGGUACAGUUCGCCAUUGGGAUCUGAAGCUUGCAGUUGAGGGAAUCGAAGAUGAGGAGGAAAUCCGAGAUAAUUGGCCUGGCUACGAUAAUCUAGCUACGGAGAUUCAGCGAACCCUUUACAUUCCUCCUGGAAACGAGAAACCAAAUCACGCUUUGAAAAUCCCCAAGCAGAUCACGGAGCGUUUUCUUAUUCAUCAACUCAAGAUCCGCAAGACUAGAACUUUCGACAGUCUUGAUCGGAAGUCCAAAUUACAUAUCACGGAGGUUGAUAAAUCUUGUGGACACGAGUUGCUGGUCAAAGAUCAAGGAAUGUUUGUCUAUAUUUUCCAAGAGGAGAAGAAAGAUCUCGACAUGGAGAUAAACUGGCAAGAAGUAUCCAUUACCUCUGUAGUGAUGAACGAUCUCCUCCAACAAAAUAUGAAACUCGAGCUGGGCGAGGAAGCGUCAUGGACACUCCAGGAUCUUGCAGUGAAGAAAGUAUCCAACACUUUCAUCCACCCCGCAUGUGUCAUGCUCGCGCAGAUGGAUGGUGUCGGUUUCUAUAACGAUAUCCAAGAUAUCAAAGCUUAG